AAAAAAUUAAAAAAUAACCUAUUUUUCUCAUUUACUUUAUAUCUCAUCUCCCAUCCCUUUCUCUCUUUCUCUUUUCUCUCUCUUUCACUUUUUCCUUUUUCUUUGUUCCCCUGAUAUUCGAGAUCACUUUACUUUGUGCCAUUCCUCGCGAUCCUUUCACUUGUCAAACAUCUAUUCUUCCAUCAUGUCGUCGUUAACAGAACAACAAAUUGCCUGCUUUCAGGAGAGUUUUGAUGCUUUUGAUAAAAAUGGAGACGGCGCCAUCAGUCCUACAGAGUUGCGCUCGCUGCUGCGUGUAGUGGGUGAAAGCUACAGUAAGGAUGCUGUGGAAAACAUGAUUCGAGAGUUCGAUACCGACAAUAAUCGACAUAUUGACUUCCAAGAGUUUCUUGCCUUGGCGAGCAGAUUGAUGAAGAACAAAACCGCAUAGUAGUCUCUGAUUGCUCAAUGGGUCUAAAUCACUCUCAUCUUUAUUCAACUCAUGUGCUCUUGUUCCUUUUCUAAGCAGUUGAGCUCAUGCACUAUUAAAGACUCCACAUUAUUUAUUUAUUUAUUUAUUUAUUUAUUUAUUUAUUUAUUUAUUUUAUGCAAAGAAAACAAUGCC